UGAAAGCUGAUGGUUAUCUGCAGCGGGGACAGAAAACACGGCUAAAAACCUUUAGUCCGGGGUGAUGCUGAGGGGCGCCGUCUGAAAUGAUUUUGUUUGCUGUAAUUUUUAUAUUUCUGACUGUCCAUCAGCCAAGCCAUGGAGAACGUUUCAAUAGAACGGCCGAGGCUGGCUUUGUUAAGAGGAGAUGGGGGAGAUCGGUUCAGGGGUCCCCCCAGCCGGUAGACUGUGAACUGUCCAGCUGGACUCCAUGGAGCUCCUGUGACCCCUGUCAGAAGAAACGAUACAGGUUCGCCCAGCUGACCCGGCCAACUCAGUUCCGAGGGGAGCCUUGCGAGACCAUUGAUAGACAAGAGGAGUCUUGUAAGACCGGCACACCUUGCAGGAACACGAAAAGAUGCGAAGGUUUCCAGUGCGUGGAAUCGGGAAAAUGUGUUGCACGUAGGCUGUUGUGUAACGGUGACGAUGACUGCGGUGAUCAGUCUGACGAGAAAGAUUGUAAGAUCGUCCGAAGACCCUGCACGGAUGACAUGGAGCAAUACUGGGGCAUAGAAAAUCUAGCGAGUGGAUACAAUUUAUUCACAAAUAACCGUGAAGGAUUAGUAUUAGAUAACCGUUAUUACGCCGGGGCCUGUUCUCCGCACUAUAUUUUGGGUACGAGAUUUCGAAAGCCUUAUAACGUGGAAAGCUACGUUCCGCAGAGUAAAGGCGAAUAUGAGUUUCAGCUUUCCGAGUACGAAUCUUACUCAGAUUUCGAAAGAAAUUUCUUCAGUGCUCACGGAAAACAAACCAGCUUCAGCUUUGGGAUAAAAAUACCAGAAGUGAUCGAUAUCGGAUUCAGUUACAGUGACAUGAGUUUCAAAAAAAACGUUGAAAGGAUAAAGAAAUAUUCGCACACUAGCAGUAAAUAUAUCCACGCUAAGUCUACCCUGGAAGUCGCGCGGUACAAACUCAAAUCGCGGGGCCUGAUGCUUCAUUCAGAAUUUUUCCAGAGAAUAAAACAGCUGCCUCUGGAAUACGUCUACGGCGAAUACAGAGACCUCUUCAGAGAUUAUGGGACUCACUUCAUCACGGAGGCAACCUUAGGAGGCACCUACGAGUACACCCUAAUUCUAAAGUCAGACACCAUCAAAAAUGAAGGGUAUUCCUUAAAAGACAUACAAUCGUGUGUUCAGGCAGGAUUUACCCUCGGGGGUAAUAUCUGCGGUGUCUGGGUCAGCGUCAGUAUGUCAGCCUCACAAUGUGAUGCAUUAUUAAAGGAAAUUGGAGACAGCUAUUCUACGCAUAAACUGCUGGAAGAUUUUGUAGCAAUUGUUCGAGGAGGAGCAAGUGAACACGUAACGACCCUGGCUUACAAAAGCCUCCCGACCCCUGACCUCAUGCAGGAAUGGGGCGACGCUGUCCAGUAUAACCCUGACAUCAUAAAUGUGAAGGUCAGUCCCCUGUAUGAGUUGGUGACCACGACGGAUUUCAGCAGUGCCAAUAUUCUGCAGGAGAACAUGAAACGCGCCCUUGAGGAAUACUUCUCCGAGACGAGUUCCUGCCGCUGUGUGCCGUGCCAAAAUAACGGGAUUCCGGUCAUGAAGGAAUCUCGUUGUGAGUGCAUUUGCCCUUCUGGGUUUAAAGGUUCAGCUUGUGAAACCACCAAGAGACCAGUUCCUCCAGUAGAUGGAAACAGGGGCUGUUGGGCCAGCUGGACACCUUGCUCUAGAAGAGAAAAGACGAGACAGCGGCAGUGCAACAACCCACCGCCACGCGGCGGCAAGCAGUGUGAAGGAGCCAGUGCUGAGACAUCAAGCUGUUAGUCAUAUCAAGACCAUUAAAGUGCUUAAAACAUUUUCAGUCGAUCUGCCCGAGACUGCAUUUCCCACGAUGCUUACUGAUUCCUUCAGUCGACCGUUGCUGUGCUGAGAAGCAGGUUAAGUCAACCAAGUCUAGAAAAUAAAUGUAUUCAUAUGGGGCAUAAAAUAUUGUUUUAGACACAUAAAUCACAACUUCUGUGUAAAGUUAGAAUUUGGUUUUAAAAAUAAAAAUUUUGUACACAUAA